AUGACCCACGGCGUCCGCGAGGCUGCGAAGUUCACGAACGACGCGGACGGCCAGAUCGACGCGAGGCAAGGGAUGGCGACGACGGUCUUCACCGUGGAGUCGCUCGGCCUGAAGUCCACGCACGGACACUCCAACGCGAAGCGACGAGGCAAGGGCAAGGGCGGGACGUACAAGCGCGCGGCGACGACCGUGCUCGCGGGCGAGGCGACGUACGACGUCGAGCGACGCGUGCGCGACGCGCGACGCGCGAUCGGCGUCCCCCCCGCGGCGCUCUCGCCGCUCUCGCCGGCGACCUUCGACCUGACGCGCGCCGCCGUGCGCCUGAUGCCUAAUCGCCCGAAGUGGGACUACGAGCUCAAGCGCGGGCGCCUGCACUCGCGCGAGAGGAAAGCGUUCGUUCGAUGGAUCGCGAGCGUGAAGCAGUCGCUCAUCGACAGCGGCGCCGGGCACGCGCCGGCGUUUGAGCAAAACAUCGAGGUCUGGCGCCAGCUGUGGCGCGUCCUCGAACGCGCCGACGUCGCCGUCCUCGUCGUGGACGCGCGGCACCCGAUGCUGCACAUCCCUCCCGCGCUGUACGCGCACGUCGCGCGGCGGCUGCGGAAGCCGCUCGUGCUCGUGUUGAACAAAGUAGACGCGGUCCCGCGUCGCGCUGCGGAGCGAUGGGCCGCGCACCUCCUCGCGGCGCUCCCGGGCGUGGACGACGUGAUCGGGUUCACGUCCAAGGACGGCGGCGGCGGCGCGGGCGGGCAGCGGCCAGUGAAGAGGAGGAUCGGCGUUCCCGCGUUGGGGGCGAGGGGGGCUGGGGCGGAGGCCGUGACCGCGAGGGAGAGGGUCGCGCGCGCGAUGGAGAUUGAACGAGGGGGGCUCGCGUUCGCGGGGGGGUCGGAUUCCGAGUCGGGUUCCGAGUCGGAGGAGGAGGGGGGCGCGCGCGCGUCCGCGUCGGGGUCUGAGGGGGAGGAGAGCGACGACGAAGCCGUUUCUGGGGGAUUGUUUCGGUUGAGAAUCGGCCACGCCGCGCUGCUGAAGGCGUGCAGAGAGCUCGCGGCGAACGGGAAACGGAACGGCGCGGACGCGAGAACCGCGGCGGAGGAAGCCGCCGCCGCCGCCGCGGAGGAAGCCGCGGAGGAGCUCGAGGCGAAAGCGUCCGUCGUCAAGAACGACGACGAGGACGACGACGAGGACGACGAAGCCACCGCCGCGGCGCUUCAAGCGGAGGCGGAGGAGGCUGCGAAAGCGAAAGAGAACCGCGUCAUGAUCGGCCUCGUCGGGCAUCCGAACGUCGGGAAGUCGUCCAUGGUGAAUUACAUCCUCGGAAGGAAAGCGGUGAGCGUGAAGGCGACGCCGGGGCACACGAAGACGUUGCAGACGCUCAUUCUGGACGACAAGACGUGCCUGUGCGACUCCCCAGGUUUAGUCUUUCCGCGCCUGGACGUCGGCCUCGCGGAACAAAUCGUCGGCGGGUUAGUACCGCUGCCGAUCGUUCGCGAGCCGUACAGCGCGAUUCGGUGGCUCGCGGAGCUCCGAAACGCUGGCGAGGCGCGGUGGACCGCGACGGCGAACGACGGGCGCGCAUCACGCCAGGACAACCUCAUGGCGAGCGCGUUAGCGAUGCCGCUGCACAAGGCGCUGAAAAUCCCCGCGAUGACGGAGUACGACCCGGAAGUGCUCGAGCUCGUCGGGCACGAGGACUUGUUCGACGCCGCGUUGCCGUGGUCGCCGAUGUCGCUGUGUCACCAGUACGGGAAACUGAGAGGGUUUAGCCGCGGUGGGGCGCCGGACGAAGCCGCGGCGGGGCACGCGAUUUUGUCGCUCGUAUUGGAUGGGCGGCUGCCGUACGCGACGCCGCCGCCGGAGGGCGAGCCCGUGAUCGGCGUGCACAUCGGGGCUGACGGCCUGCCCGUCGCGGCCGCGGAGCGCGCCGGUUCGGUCCCCGCCGUCGCGGACGCCGUCGACGACGAGGACGAGGACGAGGAAGACGAAGACGACGAGGACGACGACGACGAGGACGGCGCGGCGACCAACCCGUUCCGGUUGCUCGGAAUCGACGCGGAGGGCGAGUCGCAGUACGGCACCGGGGACAUCGACGCGGAGAACGGCGUCGGGCGGUUCAAGGUGAAAGACAAGAGCAAAGGCGCGGCGGCGAGUUUUUUCGGGAGAGGCGGCGGCGGCGACGGCGGGUCCGUGUUCUUAUCCGAGGCUGACCUCAAAGAGAGCAAGAAGGGCAAGCGCGAGAAAAAAGGUCGAUAG